CUCCCACGUCCUCCUGGCGCGGGGGAGGGAGGGAGCCGCAGCUCGCGUGGACCAGUGCGCGGGUCGCCGGAGCUGGGCUUGCAGUUGGCGGCUGCUUGGGGCGCUGCCUGCGGUGCAGAGGGUGCGGGCGGCGCGCCUUGCGGUUGCCUGCGCUGCCGUGAGCCGGCGCCCAGCAGCGCGCCCGCAGUCAGGCCCCGCGGACUGCUCCGGGCAGGGCCGCCCGCGUGCGCUCAUCAUGAAGGCUCAGCGCUAGGCUUCUGCAGCAGCCUCCGACUGCUUGCAUUUGGCUGUGUGCUUUAGCAGAGCCUCCUGCCCGGCAAGAGCUCCCAGUCGGAUCCGCGAUCCAGCUGCUGGGACAACUUGGAGAUCGCCUGGUUGACUUCUCUGGGAGCUCGGGACUCUAUCCUGCACCGCAACCGCCCCCUGACUCCUUGACCGGCUCGGAAGUCAGCUGCCAGGGCUUGUCCCACGGCAGCCCUGAGAAGCGGGAACCAGGAGGGGCUGCAGGUGAAGCAGAAGCCCCCGAUUGCUGAAGCUUUCACGAUUAUCGCUGUUCUGGGGUUCUCAGAGGCUCCGUGCGCUGCCUGGGGAAGCAAUGCAAGUCUCCAUAGCCUGCACAGAGCACAAUUUGAAGAGUCGGAAUGGUGAGGACCGACUUCUGAACAAGCAGGGCUCCGCCGCCCCCAAUGUGGUGAACGCAGCGCGGGCCAAGUUCCGCACGGUGGCUAUCAUCGCGCGCAGCCUGGGCACGUUCACCCCUCAGCAUCACAUUUCUCUCAAAGAGUCCACGGCCAAGCAGACUGGCAUGAAAUAUAGGAAUCUUGGAAAGUCGGGACUCAGAGUGUCUUGCUUGGGUCUUGGAACAUGGGUGACAUUCGGAGGUCAGAUUUCAGAUGAGGUUGCUGAGCGGCUGAUGACCAUCGCCUAUGAGAGUGGUGUUAACCUCUUUGACACAGCUGAGGUCUACGCUGCUGGAAAGGCUGAAGUGAUUCUGGGGAGCAUCAUCAAGAAGAAAGGCUGGAGGAGGUCCAGCCUGGUCAUAACAACCAAACUCUACUGGGGUGGAAAGGCGGAAACAGAAAGAGGGUUGUCAAGAAAGCAUAUUAUCGAAGGGUUGAAGGGCUCCCUCCAGCGGCUGCAACUGGACUACGUGGACGUGGUCUUCGCCAACCGACCAGACAGCAACACUCCCAUGGAAGAGAUUGUUCGAGCCAUGACACAUGUGAUCAACCAAGGCAUGGCAAUGUAUUGGGGCACCUCACGGUGGAGUGCUAUGGAGAUCAUGGAAGCCUAUUCAGUAGCAAGACAGUUCAAUAUGAUCCCGCCAGUGUGCGAACAAGCUGAAUAUCAUCUUUUCCAGAGAGAGAAAGUGGAGGUCCAGCUGCCAGAACUCUACCAUAAAAUAGGAGUUGGUGCAAUGACAUGGUCUCCCCUUGCCUGUGGAAUCAUCUCGGGAAAGUACGGCAACGGGGUGCCCGAAAGUUCCCGGGCUUCCCUGAAGUGCUACCAGUGGCUGAAGGAACGAAUCGUGAGUGAAGAAGGGAGAAAGCAGCAAAACAAGCUCAAAGACCUGUCCCCGAUCGCGGAGCGGCUGGGCUGCACGCUACCUCAGCUCGCCGUGGCCUGGUGCCUGAGGAACGAGGGUGUGAGCUCCGUACUCCUGGGAACAUCCACUCCGGAACAACUCAUCGAAAACCUUGGUGCCAUUCAGGUUCUCCCAAAGAUGACAUCCCAUGUGGUCAAUGAGAUUGAUAACAUACUGCGCAACAAACCCUACAGCAAAAAGGACUACAGAUCCUAAGGCAAUGCAUGAGCCCCAGAAGCUGCAUGGUUCAAUCAGCGGCCUGUCGCCCACAGAACCGCGUUCCUAGCCAGUUCUCCGAGUCACUUAGCAGCCCGCUGCUCAGCCUCUAGUGUCCCUGGAUUCUCUGCGGUGUCUGCUGUCACUACCACUGUGCCCCUGAAUUACGAGCACAUCUGAACACUCACAACCAAGAAAUGCCAUUCUAUUUUCUUACCUCGGACUGGAGUCGCCUGUCCCUGCGCUGUACACCUCACGCUUACGCAAUGGGAACAAGGGGGGAAGGCCAUCGCUUCGGGCACUUGGUAGUUUAAAUGCCGUACAGAUCUAUUUUUUCAAAUAAUAAAAUCCACAGAUGCAGUGUGAAUUGUGUAAGAAACAGUAGG